AGACAGACCCUCCGGCACAUGUGUUUACAGGAAGAGAAGCCUCCUGUCCUGAACGUCGGGACCGCCUUGUGUUGUGCUGCUUCUGCCCUGUUCAUCAACCAACGCUUCUCCUGCGAUCGAUAAAUGGCGGAUCACGCCCCGUCUGUUGCCAUGGAAGCUGUCCUGAAACCGAGCUGCUCCCUGCCGGAGGACAUGCUGAAAAUCAGAGGUUAUGACUUCAACCAGGGCGUUGAUUACCCCGCACUGCUGAAGUCCUACACCACCACAGGCUUCCAGGGCAGCAGCCUGGGCUUGGCCAUUCAGGAGAUCAACCGCAUGAUCGAGAAGCGUCUUGAACCAGUGGAGGCAAGUGAAGGCGAAUGCCCCCACAAGACAGGCUGCACCAUCUUCCUGGGUUAUACCUCCAACCUCAUCAGCUCUGGAGUCAGGGAGAGCAUCCGCUACCUGGCCCAGCACAAAAUGGUGGAUGUGAUUGUCACCACAGCUGGAGGUAUUGAGGAGGAUUUGAUCAAGUGUCUGGCUCACACAUAUCUGGGAGAAUUCAGUCUGCCGGGGAAGGAGCUCCGCCUCAAAGGCAUCAACAGAAUUGGGAAUCUGCUGGUGCCCAAUGAUAACUACUGUAAGUUUGAAGACUGGCUGAUGCCCAUCCUGGACCAGAUGUUGCUGGAGCAGAACACAGAGGGCACCCGUUGGACUCCCUCCAAAAUGAUCCAUCGCCUUGGCAAAGAGAUCAAUAAUACCGACUCUGUCUACUACUGGGCUUACAAGAAUAACAUCCCAGUGUUCAGUCCGGCCAUCACAGACGGCUCCCUGGGCGACAUGAUCUACUUCCACUCAUUCAAGAACCCUGGUUUGAUUCUGGACAUCGUGGAAGAUAUUCGCAGGAUGAACAGCCAGGCGGUCUUCGCCAAGAGAACAGGAAUGAUCAUUCUUGGAGGAGGGCUGGUCAAACAUCACAUAGCGAAUGCCAACCUCAUGAGAAAUGGAGCCGACUACUCGGUGUACGUGAACACCGGUCAGGAGUUCGACGGCUCCGACUCCGGAGCGAGACCCGACGAGGCCGUGUCCUGGGGGAAGAUCAGAACGGACGCCAAACCCGUUAAGGUGUACGCCGACGCCACUUUGGUCUUCCCUCUGAUCGUGGCCGAGACCUUCGCUCAGCACGCGACCAGCUGACGGCCCAGAAAACAGACUCAUAGGUCCUCCUUCCUUUUAAUGCUCCUUAAACAACAGGCGGCGUUCAUCCUCCGAUUGAUCUGUUUUCUGUUCUGUUGACGAUCUGAACUGUUCAGUUUCAACUUCAUGUUUACAUUCGAGCAGCGCUUCAGGGUUAUCACGCAAAGGGUUUGCUGUUUCAGUGCUUUUCAGAUCAAUAUUUAUUUGUUCCGCGGGGGUCAAGUGGUGCUGGAUUAUAGUAAACUCUACCCAACUCAAUGAACCCUGAAUUUUCAUACCCUGUUUGUUUUGCCAUUGUGGGACUCAAACUGUGUCUCCAGACUCGGAUUCAGCUCCCAAACAAUUGAACUCUCAGUUCUAAAUAAACACCCGUCUUUGCCGCGGACAGAGUUUGUCGGAGCCUGAAGGGGGAAGAAACAUGCCGAAGGCAUCUCCUUCACACUUCCAGGCUGCGGCGAAACCCAGUGAGUGAUGAACGCUGGCAACAAAAAAAGAAAAGAAAAAAUGCAUGUUGAGCUCCCCUUAAUCGCUUUGAAGCCUCUUGUGAGAAUCCAGUGAGGGGCAUGUAGCAGCAUUUCCCCCCUGUGCAUGUGUGCUUACUGCUGGCUCAUAACACAUACACACACACUCAGAGUUUCAUCCACGCAGGCACGGGUAUGAUAGUAGGUGGGGCUCUCCGCUUCUUCCCUUUGUGCUGUCAGCAGAAUCUUUCACCAUAAAAAAAAAAAAAAAAAAAACUGACUAUGGUCGAGACGUUUCCCA